AUGGAUCACACUAUCAACACAGUUGCUUCGUCCGAAAUGAUCCCAACUUUAUCUGUCGUGGCCAAUCCUAGUGCCUCGGUAGCAACAGAAUCACCUAUGGAAGUCAUUGCUCGUCUAGAGCGACAAAUUAGCACACUAAAUCUCCUGGUAGCUCAAUACCAAGCUGUUUCUCUGAAUCAACCACCUGAUGCUCGCCAAAAGGAACCCAUGCCACCUGUGUAUCCGACUUCGAGUGAGUUUCAUCAAGGAGAUCACUUUGCCACCUUUCAGCAAACUCAAAGCGCCUCACUAACUAAUUCAACUCAGGAUACUCCUCUUGUAUACACAUUUGCUCCCCCAAAAGCUCCAACGGUAACACAUCACACUCCGCCAGUGUACACUUAUGUCACUGCUCCACCCGUUACCAAGGCUCCAGAGUUUCAUCGCCCAGAUGUUAAUCACUAUAUUGAAAUUGAGGGGGACGGAAAAUCAAUUGAUGCUGAAAUGAUGAAUAAGAAGAUGAAAAGCUUGGAAGAUGCUAUGAGAGGUCUUCGUGGUUCGAUAGUUGAGUUGCCACCCGGUUACAAGAUUCCAAAGUUUGAGAAGUUUAGUGGAUCAGGAAAUCCAUUCUUUCACUUGAAAAUUUACUGCGAAAAUUUGAUUGGCGUUGGAAACAACGAAGGGAUAAGAAUCAAGCUGUUCAAUCAAAGCCUAACUGGAAAAGCAUUGGAGUGGUACUCUAAGCAAGAUGUGACCAAAUGGCGUACUUGGGAUGAUCUGGCGAAUGUUGUUGUGGAUCACUACAAGUUUCAUGUUGAAAUUGCUCCCGAUAGAAUUUCUAUUACCAAGGUGAAACCCAAGUCGACUGAAUGCUUUCGAGAAUAUGCCAUUCGCUGGAGAGAAGAAGCUUCUAGGGUACACCCACCUAUGGAGGAAUCAGAAAUGAUCACUUACUUCAUUCAAGCUCAAGAAUCGGAAUACUAUGAGCGAAUGGUGACUAUGGGUGGAAAGACAUUUGCUGAAGUUAUUAAGGCUGGAGAAAUGAUCGAAGACGGUCUCAAAACUGGCAGAAUAAGGAGUUACGCCUCAUCUCAAUUUGCUAAUAGAACCUAUCAAACUGGUUCUUUUGGAAAGAAAAAGGAGAAAGAAGUUAUGAUGAUACCGACCCGAUGA